UUUUUAGGCUACAAAAAUUAUUUUUUUAAUAAAACUAUGGACCUUAAUAAAACUCCAAAUAUUUCAAUUAUCGAAGAACAACUAAAUUCUACCACAUUUAUUUCCGAAUGUCCAGCAACCUGUAGCAAUGAGGGGAAUACUUUGGAAAAUUUUUUUAUUCGGUCUUACAGAACUUCAGGAAAUGAGUCUUCCAGUAAAUUGUCUAGACUUUCUAUUAUUAUUAGACGCUCUUUAAAAAUUGGGACGAGAAGAGGAGAUGGGCAAGUUGUUCAAGAAAAGAAAAAAGUUGUGCAGGAUAAAGUGUCGCCUCCAUUUACUGAAUACACGGAUCUCCGACCAGAAUAUUUUAUUGUCCCAAAAUAUGGAAGCUUUGAUUUUUUAAAUAAAUUGGUUCAAAAUAAACAAUUUGGACAGUUGAAACAAUUCCUUCGUGAAAAUAGCUGGCCUGUGACACACGAAAUUCGCAAACAUCUUUGGGAAGUUUUAAUAUCUUAUUCUGAUAAAGAAUUUGAAUCUUCCAAGUUUUUCUAUCGAGAACAAAUUGAAUCUCUUCUGAAAAGCAAAGGAUUUGGUAUUACGUCAUUUGGUAUACCUUUUAUUCAAUUUAUGUUUUUUGGAUUUUAUUUUAAAAUUUUUCUAGUUCAAAAUUUCCGCCCUGCCUUUCUUUCUGAACCUGGAAUUGUUGUUUGCGAUCAUGGAUUGAAGGAAAUUGGAGUUAUAAAUUUACAACGUCUUUUAAUUGUAAUUGAAUACGCUCGUCCAGAAAUUCGUUUCGUCCCCAUUCUCUACCCUCUUUGUGCCGUUUUUCUUCAUUAUCACCCUGUAGAUGUUGCUUUUGCUUGUAUUAAUCGACUUUUGGCGCAGGGCAACAAAUUUGUUUUUCAGUCGGAAAUUGCUGUUUAUGCUUCUCGAUAUACACUUUUAUCUAUGCUGAAAAAGUUUAAGAAAAGAGUCUACAACAAAUUAAAAAAGCGAUUGGGUUCAGAAGAAAAUAAAAUUGUUGAGUUAAUGGCUAAUUGGCAUUUUUGGAUUUUCAAGUGUCUUCCUUUCCCUUAUCUUGUUCGGUUGAUUGACUGCUUUCUUUUUGAAGGUCAAAAAAUGUUGGCUAGAGCAGUUUUAACAAUUCUCUACCUUUGGCAUAAACAACAACAUCAAAUAUCAAAACAAAAUAAUGAUACGAAUAAAGUGGCUAUGGAGGAUAAAUUGAAUCAAUUAAAUUUUGAGGUUUUUUUGGAAAAUUUUUGUUGAAGUUUUUUUCAAAGAUUUCUUCUGUUGCUUCCAAAGUUCCUGUUUCUGUACAGACUUUUUUGGAUAUUGGGUAAGGGAGAGAAAUUUUUUGUAAUUUAUUAUUAAUCAUCAAUUU